AUGGGAGUAAUAGAGGUAGAAAGUGAACAACAGUUCACAGAUUUAACUCAAAAGAAUGAUUCAAAAUUAAUAGCUUUAUAUUUCCAUACACCAUGGGCAGGACCAUGUAAGACAAUGAAUCAAGUUUUUAAAACUUUAGCAGAGUCAAAAUCAAAUGAUCAAUCAAUAAUUUUCCUUAGUAUAAAUGCUGAUGAAUUAUCAGAAAUAAGUGAAUUAUUUGAUGUUAGUGCCGUACCUUAUUUUAUAUUAAUACGUAAUCAAACUAUAUUAAAAGAAUUAUCAGGAGCUGAUCCAAAAGAAUUUAUAGCAGCAUUAAAUCAAUUUUCAGGAGAAUCAACAACCACUAAUACCACCAAAUCCAGCACCGAAAAAUCAACGUCAUCAGAUUCUACAACAACAACAUCAGAACCAGUUGAAGAAUCAGAAGAGGCAUUAAGUGAAAGAUUAACAAAAUUAACAACAGCAGCACCAAUAAUGUUAUUUAUGAAAGGUUCACCAUCUUCACCACAAUGUGGAUUUUCAAGACAAUUAGUUGCAAUAUUAAGAGAACAUCAAGUAAGAUUUGGAUUUUUUGAUAUUUUAAAAGAUGAUUCUGUAAGACAAGGACUUAAAAAAUUCAGUGAUUGGCCAACUUUUCCUCAAUUAUAUAUAAAUGGUGAAUUUCAAGGUGGUUUAGAUAUUAUUAAAGAGAAUAUAGAAGAAGAUGAUCAAUUUUUUGAACAUGCUUUAGAAUAA